AUGACUGACGCGAUGAAGCCACUCUCGCUCACGCUCAUCGUCGCCGCGACACCUUCGCACGGAAUCGGUCGCAACUCGACGCUGCCAUGGCGGCUGUCGAAGGAAAUGGCGUACUUUGCCAGGAUGACCAAGGGAGAGGGACAGGAGCUGGCGAAUGCGGUCAUCAUGGGCAGGAAGAGCUGGGAGGGCAUUCCCAGCAAGUUCCGCCCAUUGCCCGGUCGGGUCAACGUCGUCGUCAGCAGGCAGCAAGACUUCGACCUCGGCCCUGCUCCCCAUACCCACCUCGCUUCUUCCCUUCCUUCCGCCGUAGACAUCCUCCGCUCGGCAAACUCCCCCCUGAACCGCGCCUUCCUGAUAGGAGGCGCGCAACUCUACAAUGCGACGCUGGACGAAGCCGCGGGACAAGCGGCGUCCUCCUCGUCCAGCUACACCGUCGAUCGCGUCCUCCUCACCCGUCUCUUCACCGAGUACCCCGAUUGCGACACUUUCCUCCACGAUUUCCAGUCCGACACGAGCGCAGAUGGACGACGAGUAUGGCGGCAGGCUUCGCACGACGAGCUGCGGCAAUGGGCGGGCUGGGACGUGCCCGAGGGCAAGCAGACGGAGCAGGACAAGGCUGUCAAAGGCGAGGAGAAGCUUGUUCAGUACGAGUACCAAAUGUGGGUGCGCAUCUCGAUGUGA